AAAAAAGAAAAUGAAGCUCAUCAUCGCCGGCUCAACCGGCUUUCUAGCCACAGAACUAACCCGCCAAUCCCUCUCCAACCCCCUCAUCACCUCCCUCAUCACCCUCGGCCGGAAACCCUGCCCCCCGCCCGACCCAUCCACCCUCCUCCCAAACGCCGACCUCUCCAAACUCAAAUCUGUCAUCCUCGAGGAUUUCGACAGAGAUGACUACCCCGAAAGCAUCAAAUCCGACCUCUCCAACGCAGACGCCUGCAUCUGGACCAUAGCUAUCACCCCCGCCCAGCUCAAGACCGUGCCCUGGGAGACAACGGUCAAGGUCUGCCGUGACUACGCCGUGACUGGGAUCAAGGUGAUCUCCUCCUUGACGGAUAAAAGGCCGUUUAGAUUUGUUUAUGUCAGUGGUGCGAACGCUGAGCGGGAUCCGGCAAAGAAGCCGUUGUUGUUGGGCGAUUAUUGCGUUCUCCGCGGCGAGGCGGAAAACAGAAUCUUGGAGUUUGGGAAAACAUCUGGGGGAAGGGUGGAGGUGGCGAUUGCGAAGCCGGGGAUUAUCUCUGGUCCGACCAAGGAGACGGGGGUGUUGGCGAGGGUGUUUUUCGGUGUGGUUGGGAUUGGGAAGGUGAGGGUUGGGCAGGUUGCCGGUGCGUUGUUGGAGGAGGUUGCGAAGGGGUUUGAGAGGGAGACGUAUGAGAAUGAGGAUUUGGUCAGGGUGGGGAGUGGGACGGUGGCGGGGGGUGAGUAG